AUGUCGCGCCUCGUCAGCUUCGAAUAUUUGAAUCGACAGCUGGUGUGGCAGGAGCUGUCGGAGUUCCUGCUGUUCCUGCUGCCCCUGAUCAACGUGCCGCGCCUCAAGCGCGCCAUGCUGCGCGCCUUCCCGCGGCUGCCGAUGCUGACGGCAGGCGGCGGCAGCGCGGGGGGCGGGGCCGCGGCGCUGGAGUGGACGGUCGAGGCGGCCGGGGGCAAGGCGCGCGGAGGCGGCGGCGGCAAGGACGGCGGCGCGGGCGGCGGCGCGGGCGCCGGCACCGGCUUCGAGCGGCAGCGGCGGCGCGUCAAGCUUUUGGACCCUAGCGCUGGCGAGAGUGUAGAGAUCGAUAUCGAGGCCGACACGCCCCAGCUGGAAGUCAAGCGCCAGCUGCACCUCAAAACGGGUGCGGACGUGUGCCUGCUGCAGCGCCUGCUCGGCGUUCCCAUCGAGCACAUCAAAGUCAUGCUGAGUGGCAUCAACCAGCUCGUCAUGGGCGACAAGAGGCAGCUGCGUUUCUCGUACUGCGGCUCGGCAUCCAACAUGUACUUUGCUGUGCCGCAGAAGCAGGCCGAAGCGUGA